CGACGACAUCUCCUCCCUGACGACGUCUCGUGGUGAUUUCAGUUGCUGUCACCAAAGCCUCCGAGACAACCCUGCCCAUGCGAUUGAGUUGAACACGACAGCCUGCCACUUGCCCCACUGGUUCGAUCCCCCGACUUCACCAUGUCUGCGACGCCCGCGCCGCCUGAGGACCAGGCACGCCUGCUGGAGGAUGCUCUAGUUGCUGUGCGCCAGCAAACGGCGGUUAUGCGGAAAUGCCUGGAUUCGCCCGGCAAGCUCAUGGACGCACUCAAGUGCUGCUCUACCCUCGUCUCCGAGCUCCGAACGAGCAGCCUCGGCCCCAAGCAAUAUUACGAGCUCUACAUGGCCGUCUUCGACGCGCUGCGGUACUUGUCCGUCCACCUGCGAGAGAACCACCCCGUCAACCACCUGGCCGACCUGUACGAGCUCGUCCAGUACGCCGGAAACAUUGUGCCUCGUCUCUACCUCAUGAUGACCGUCGGCACAGCCUACAUGUCGAUUGAAGACGCGCCGGUCAAGGAGCUGAUGAAGGACAUGAUGGACAUGAGCCGCGGGGUUCAGCAUCCCAUCCGCGGUCUUUUCCUGCGAUACUUCCUCUCCGGCCAGGCCCGCGACUUCCUGCCCACCGGCGACGGCGACGGCCCCGAAGGCAACCUCUCCGACUCGAUCAACUUUGUCCUCACCAACUUUGUCGAGAUGAACAAGCUGUGGGUGCGCCUCCAGCACCAGGGCCACUCGCGCGAGAGGGAACAGAGGACGAGGGAGCGCAAGGAGCUGCAGCUGCUCGUCGGCAGCAACAUUGUGCGCCUGAGCCAGCUCGUCGACCUCGAGACGUACAAGUCGGGCAUCCUGGCGCCGCUGCUCGAGCAGGUUGUGCAGUGCCGCGAUGUCCUGGCGCAAGAGUACCUCCUCGAGGUCGUCACCCAGGUCUUCCCCGACGAGUUCCACCUCCACACCCUCGACCAGUUCCUUGGCGCCGUCUCGCGCCUCAACCCCCAUGUCAAUGUCAAGGCGAUUGUCAUUGGCUUGAUGGACAGACUUUCAGACUACGCCGAGCGCGAAGGCCCCGCCGAGGGCGACGAUGACAAGGCAAAGGUGGAGGAGGAGGCAUUGGCGAAGCUGCUAGACAAGGUGAAGCUGCAGAGCGAGGCGCCAGAGUCGGCGGCACCAACAGAUGCGGAUGCCGACACCAGCAAGCCGUCCGACACAAAUGGCAACGAAUCUUCGGGGGCCGACGACGCCGACGGAGAAGCGGAUGCCUCGAAAGCUAGCGAUGCCGCCGAUGACGAGACGACGCCGUCUGUUGCAGAGACCGAUACAACGGCCGUCAAUGGCUCCGAAACCGCCGCUGAGUCUUCCGAAGCUCCGGACGCAACCAAGACGCCGACGGAGAAGGGCAUUCCCGACAAUGUGCAGCUUUACGAGGUGUUCUUCAGCCAGGUGAAGAACCUGGUCGAGGCGCAACACCUCCCCAUUCCCGACACAAUCGCGUUGCUGCACUCGCUGACGAACCUGGCCUUGAACAUCUACCCCGAGCGCCUCGAUUUUGUCAACCAGAUACUCGAAUACGCCCUCAGCAAAGCGCAGUCCUACCAGACCCGACGCGCUGUUGCUGGCGAGGUAGCGCGCAACCUGCUCCGCAACCAGACCAGGAUAUCAACCUCGUCCCAGCUGGAUAACGUCUUAGAGAUCCUCAAGGUCCUCAUCAAGGAGGGCUCUCAGCCGCCGUCCAAUUACCCCGGCGUUCAGCAGCGUCGUGCUAUGGAGACGGACGAGACUCUCGAGGAGCAAGGCUGGCUCGCGCGCCUCGUGCAUCUCAUCAACGCCGAGAGCAACGACACACAGUUUAAGCUCCUCCAGGCGACACGGAAGGCCUACUCCGAGGGCAACGAGCGUAUCCGUACCACAACUCCUCCUCUUAUCACAGCGUGUAUGAAGCUUGCUCGCAGGUUGAAGGCGAGGGAACACCUCGACGACAACUGGGAGACGCAGAGCAAUGCCUUGUUCAAGUUCAUGCAUUCCGCACUGAGCACUCUCUACACGCGUGUCAGCGGCCCGGGAGCGGCAGAGCUCGCCCUGCGCCUCUUCUGCUCUUCUGGCAUGACGGCUGACCAAGCUGGGUUCGAAGAGGUGUCCUACGAGUUCUUCGCACAAGCCUUCACCGUCUACGAGGAGGCUGUUUCUGAUUCCAAAGCCCAGUUCCAGGCCGUCUGCAUCAUUGCCAGCUCGCUUCACCAGACCAGGAACUUUGGCAAGGAGAACUACGAUACUCUCAUCACCAAGUGUGCGCAGCACGGCAGCAAGCUGUUGAGGAAGCCCGACCAGUGCCGUGCCGUCUAUCUGGCAAGCCACCUCUGGUGGGCCAUGCCCAGCCAGGCCAAUGGCGAGACGGACGAGACGGACCUUUACCGCGACGGCAAGCGCGUGCUCGAGUGCCUCCAACGCGCCCUCCGCGUGGCCGACUCCUGCAUGGAGACGGCCGCCUCUAUUGAGCUUUUUGUUGAAAUUCUUGACCGCUAUGUCUACUACUUUGACCAGCAAAACGAGGCCGUCACGACCAAAUACCUCAACGGCCUCAUUGAGCUCAUCCACUCCAACCUCGCCGGCAACCAGCAGGAUUCGGCGUCGAUCGACAACAGCAAGCGCCACUUUUACUCGACGCUCGAAAACAUUCGGAGUAGGCAGUACGAGGGUGUCGUAUUGUACCCGAAAUGA